AUGUCUGCUAACAAAAGGAUCAUCUAUGUUGGUGGAUUGGCUGAAGAGGUUGAUGAAAAAACUUUGAACGCUGCUUUUAUACCUUUUGGUGAUAUAAUUGAUAUUAAUCUGCCCAUUGAUUUUGCUUCACAAAAACAUCGUGGAUUUGCCUUCAUUGAAUUUGAAUCAGCUGAAGAUGCUGCUUAUGCUAUUGACAAUAUGAAUGAAUCAGAAAUCUUUGGGAAAACAGUUCGGGUUAAUAUUGCUAAACCUCUUAAACUCAAAGAAGGUUCAGCUCGACCAGUUUGGUCAGAUGAUCAAUGGCUCCAGAAACACUCUGGGGCCGCUGGUGAUGAGAUUAAAGGUGAUAAAGAAGAUGGUGAAACGAAAGAUAAAGAUGAGGUUAUUGAAGAAAUUGCUGACGAUGUAAAUACUGAUUUGGAAUCUGAAAAACAAGAAGUUGCUCGAUUAAAAUCCAAUCCACAAGUUUACUUUGACAUACGAAUUGAUGGACAGUUCAGUGGACGUAUACGAAUAAUGUUGAGGAAAGAUGUUGCUCCAUUAACGUGUGAAAAUUUUCGCUGCCUUUGUACUCACGAGAAAGGUUUUGGUUACAAAGGAAGUGUUUUCCAUAGGAUAAUUCCAAGCUUUAUGAUUCAAGGAGGUGAUACUAAUGGUGAUGGAACCGGUGGAAAGUCAAUCUAUGGGAAAAAAUUUGAAGAUGAAAAUUUUACUUUAAAACAUAGUGUUUCCGGGUUACUUUCUAUGGCCAAUUCAGGUCCAAACACCAAUGGAUCACAGUUUUUCAUUACAACAGCUCGAACUGAAUGGUUAGAUGGUAAACAUGUUGUCUUUGGUCAAGUUGUCCAAGGAAUGGAAGUUGUCAAAAGGAUUGAAACUUGUGGAAACAAAUCAGGUAAACCAACUAAAAAAGUUGUAAUAGCAAAUUGUGGUGAACUUAUAUAAAAUAAAAUUCAAUCUAAUUAUUAUUAUA